GCUUCUAUGACAGUUCCAGUAUACAUUGCAGAAGUUGCUCCACCUCAUCUAAGAGGCAGAUUAGUUACUAUAAAUACACUUUUCAUCACAGGAGGACAGUUCUUUGCAAGUGUUAUAGAUGGAGCUUUCAGUUACCUUCCUAAGGAUGGAUGGAGGUAUAUGCUGGGCCUUUCAGCAGUUCCAGCUGUAAUACAGUUUUUUGGCUUCCUCUUUCUUCCCGAAAGCCCCCGUUGGCUUAUUCAGAAAGGACAGACUCAAAAGGCACGUAGAAUUCUGUCACGGAUGCGGGGAAAUCAGGCAAUAGAUGACGAAUAUGAUAGUAUCAAGAAUAACAUAGAGGAGGAAGAAAAAGAAGUUGGUGCAGCUGGACCUGUGAUCUACAGAAUGCUGACCUAUCCUCCAACUCGAAGAGAGUUGAUUGUGGGCUGUAGUUUACAAAUGUUCCAACAGCUGGCAGGUAUUAACACAGUCAUGUACUACAGUGCUACCAUUAUGCAAAUGUCAGGUGUUCGAGAUGAUCGACUUGCAAUUUGGCUUGCUGCAGUUACAGCAUUCACGAAUUUCAUUUUCACUCUUGUUGGAGUCUGGCUUGUAGAGAAAGUAGGCCGUCGCAAACUCACACUUGGAAGUUUAGCAGGCACUACUGUGGCACUUGUUAUCUUAGCUUUGGGGUUUUUGCUGUCAGCUCAAGUUUCACCGCAAGUUACUCUUAACCCUGAAAGCCCUUCAGGCCAAAACUCCACCUGCACCAAAUAUAGUUAUUGUAAUGGGUGCAUGCUGGAUCCAAUGUGUGGGUUUUGCUAUAAACUGAACAAGUCAAGUGUUGUCGAGUCCUCUUGUUCUCCAGUUAGCAAGAAAUCAACAAUGGAAGCAGCUUGGGGCAGAUGCUCAAAUGAGACCAGACUCAAAACGGAAGACAUCUUUUGGGCUUAUAACUUCUGCCCAACCCCGUAUUCAUGGACCGCGCUGCUGGGACUUGUUUUGUAUCUAGUUUUCUUUGCACCAGGAAUGGGACCAAUGCCUUGGACGGUAAAUUCUGAAAUUUAUCCCCUUUGGGCAAGAAGUACAGGAAAUGCAUGUUCUUCUGGUGUGAACUGGAUUUUCAAUGUUCUGGUGUCACUGACGUUUCUGCAUACAGCUGAAUAUCUGACCUAUUAUGGAGCGUUCUUUCUGUAUGCCGGAUUUGCGUUUGUGGGGCUCAUUUUUCUCUACGGCUGCCUUCCAGAGACCAAAGGAAAAAAACUAGAGGAAAUUGAAGGCUUGUUUGAGACCUCGCUAUGUACAUGUGGCAUUUCAGAUUCUGAUGACGGGAGACUCUGCUGAGGCUUCUGUCAAUCAAAAAGCAUUCAUCGUCGUCUAAUUUUUCUGGCAUUUGUUCAAGUCACAUUCAGCCAUGCACCCUUUGGAUGCUGCUUUAUCUUCUUAUGAAAUAUUUUUUAAAAGUCAGUCUGAUAUCUCCCCGCCCUCCACCUGUUAGAAGUUGAAAGCAGUGUAUUUCAAUUCCCUAACAAGAGCACAAGACCUACCGCACCCUUUUUCUGACCAGACCUCCUGGUUUACGUCUUCCUUUUGAUAUUGCUUUAUCAUUUAGCCCUGCCUUAGUCAGUUAUAAGAAUUAUUUAUAAUAAUGCUGAAUUGAAUGAAUACUUGAAAUAAGCCCUAUUCAAUUGGGUGUUUUAUUUUUAGAAUCUAUGUUUAUAAUGAAUGAAUAAAGACAAAAUACUUCUAUUUUGCAAGAAUUUUCUUUAUAUUUUGCAUACUUUAAGUUCAAGAAAGCUAUGUUACAUAUCUAACAUUCUAAAUACAGUGUAGUUACAGUAUAUCAAAUUAAUUUCUUAGACCAAAAUGUCUAUUUUUAAUAGUUAUGAACAAGGUGAAGCACAACACUUACCUGAAUCAUUCUAAUAUCUAAUUAUUUUUAGAAGUCUGUUGAGUUCGAGUCUGUUUUAAAAAGUCAGACAUGAGAGCUUCAAGUGGUGUGCUAGUAUGAUUUGAGAAAUCUUAAAUAUUGCUGCUGCUGCUGCUGCUGCUGCUGCUGCUGCUGCUGCUGCUGCUGCUGCUGCUACUAAUCGUUUGUCUUAAUCUAGCAAAAGCAAUCCACAGAUGGGAAGGUCUGCUUGAUGGAUCAGGUUCUUAAAUUGCCUGCAGCCAUCAUGUUUAUUAUUAUCUAUACUGGAUUGGAUAUUAGGAAACCUUUCAAUAGAAAGCAAGCCAACUCCAGGUUAGAUAGCUUAAUUCUACUCUUUCUUCUAAUUAAUUUAUGAAAAUCCUUCAGUUUGCUUCAGGGUUCCAAUAGCUUUUUGAGCAUGAUUUAUGCUGUGCAUUAUUUUCUUGAGUAUUUUCCUUAGUUGUAAAAUGUGAUUAUGUGGAAAAACUCUUUUGGAGACAUUUAUACAAACACAUAGGCUCACAUAUUUUGAGUGCAGAUUUUUAUCCAACUAGAUUGUCCUAUGAAUUAGAAAAAAAGAUGCUUCAAAUGGAAUUGAUUUUGCAAGAAAUUUACAAAAUAAAUUGUAAAUCAUUAAAACCAUGGGGGAAAUUACCAAUUAGAUUAAUGUUUAUAAAUGAUGCCCACCAUCGAUGAAGAUUAGGAAUGGUCAUUGGGAAGAUGUUAUAAGCUAUUAUAAAAAUUAAGAGUACUAAAUUUUGAAAUGCAUUCAGUAAACUUAGGGAAAUAAGUUAUUUUGGAUGCAUUUGAUAAACAUAUCAAAUGGAUGCAGUCUUAAAUACUGAAAUGUAAGACUUUUUUGAAGCAUUUCUACAUUAAGUGUAGAGAAGCUCUCCUGUAUAGAAAAUGGAAACUAGGCUGCUAUGAUUUGAAAGGAUUGAGAUGUUAGGUCCAGAUAUUUGCUGACAUUAGAUAAGCAAGGAUUACCAAGCAAUUCAUGUAUGAAAUAGCAUAGUGCAUCUAGGAUUUAAGUCCCAGAUCACCCUCCAGAGGUUGGUGGAUUGCAGUGUUCAUCAUCACUAGCCAUGGCUACUAAGACUGAUGGGAGCUGGAUUUCAGCAUAAUUUGGUGGGACUUAAUCUAGGACAGAUAUAAUAAAGUUUAUCAGAUUUGCCUUAAAUAGAAGUUCUAGUUCGUAUUACAAAUAGCACCACAUUUUAGAAUUGGAAAGAUUCAAACAUGAGUCCCCUGGCUUGCAAAAAUCCAUACUACUUGCAAAGAAUGCUAAAGCAACUCCUCCCCCCUCCCCAAGCACACAUUUGAUCUGAUUUAUUACUAGCUUUUUGGGGCUCCCAGUUUUUAUUUUCUCUGUUUAAGAAGUACUUUUGGUGGAGAAAUUGAAGUUCAGAUAGGCCCAUCUCAAUAUUCUGAACCCAGUAAUAGAACAUUUCUAAACAUAUUUUAGAGGGUUCACCUCUUGUAAGACUGGAAUCUCUCAUUUUAAUUUGUGGCUUUGUAUUCCAUUUGGAGGAAUGAGAACUACAGUUCCCAGGAUUCCCAGAGGCAGUAAAACCUGUCAAGCAUAUUCAUAUGCCUCCAACGUGUAUUCCAGUGUUGUUCAAACUUGGCAUCUUUAAGACACGUGGACUUCAAUUCCCAGAAUUCCCCAGCCAGGGGGUCCACACAUCUUAAAGUUGCCAAGUUUGAAAAACACCAGUGUAGACAGUAAUAACAAAGGCAAGAACUUGAAAGAUAAGUUACCUGCCAUUCCCAAGGCUUCUGCUCCCUUUGAUUUCCCACGGUCUACCCUUUCCCUCCCCAAGUAAGUUGGAGUUCUAGGAAGAAGCUGAUAGACUGGAAUCAGUCAUUAACUCUGGGCAGCAGGGGGCUGAUGUGCAAAUGAAAACCGUUGUGUCUUUUGAUGUAAGUGAGCCUUGGUCAGAUCCAUAGAUACUUCUUGUACAGCUUCCGUUGCUUUCAGUGGACCUGCUAAACGUGGCCAGUUGCUUGUGUUCCUGACCAUCAUUGCAUUUCAGUCCCAUUUCACCCUCGUUUUGAAAAUCCGCAGCAGCUUUUUCAGUUUGGUGUUAUCCACAUGGGCUGCUGGGAUGGCUGGUCAGCAAAUUCCAGGAGCCGCCAUGUAGCUGGAAGGGCCAGUCUUGUGUAUAGGAAACUCAGAAGUGUAAUGAAAUCAGUGUUUAAGAAGCUGGGAAGAAUGUAUUAUAGUUUUAUUUUGAUACGAAGAUGACAGACCUGGGAAGCACUUUAACCAUCACUUUGAUCGGGGCGUUUUUCUUUUGUUUCUUCUCGGGGUGUGUCUCAGGCCAGAAGUAGGUAGGCACAAUACGUGCUUUGUGGUUUUAAAAAAAGUGUGGUAUUGCGGGUAACUUUACAGCUUAAAUGUAGCUACAGAUUAUAAGAAGUUUCUGAAACGUUCUUCAGAUUUAAGCAAGUCACAUUUUUCGGUUUAAAAAUGUGAUUUUCUAACAGUCUUCAUCGCCUUGUGUACAGCUAUCAUUUGGCCUGGUCUACAGGAUGGUUUGAGUCGCAACCGUGUUGAAAAUGCACAAACUGUAUGUUUGGGGCAAAUGAUUUUGGUCCUGUAAAAUGAUGUAGAUUUAACAUAGGAAUCUAUUGGGCAGUUACUUGUUUUGAUUAUUUUCACAUCAAGAUUUUUUAAUGUGCCAAUAAUCAUCACUGUGGUGUUUUUGUAACCAAGUGCUAUUGUUCAAAAGUACUGUAUAUGAAAAUAUUUUAGCCACCAGAUUUGUUAGUAUAUAUUUCCUAAUCUUACUUCUAUCCUUGGAAUCAAGGCAGUAAAAUCAGUGUAAGAAACUAGUUUAUAUCAAACUUUUUUGUAUGUGCUAAAUAUCUAAUAUCCAAGAACUGGACAUGUGUAAUGAGCAUACUUUCUUCUUUUUGACCCCUCCCUCCAAAACUGGGUAUAUAGACAUUUUUGUUAAUUUUGGGUAACAUACCAGUGGAGAGUAGAAGACUGCACAUGUCUGUUCAUGAUUGAGCACGAUGCUUAACCAAAAGUUCAUUUUAUGUAGAAGAUUAGAUAUCAAAGAAAGGGAUUACAGAAGAUUUUUUUUCCCAAGGGAAAACAUUUAAUGUACAUUUCCCUACAUAUACUCAUCCUGAAAUUGUGGUGUUCAGAAGCAAUUUUAACACAUCAUGAAAUCCUGUUUUCACCUAGGCGUAAUUUUAGGCAUAUACCUUGACAGAUGAAAUGGAGAUAGUGAAAGAAUGAAUCACCGUUAGUUGCCACUUAGAAAGACAUCAGGGUUACCGUUGCCAUCGGUUUUCUCUUCAGCAUUUCACACGUGCCCUUUUAUUUCUCCAGCAACCAGGCCUAUAAUGUAUAAAAAGUGGUGUAUAUUUUUUUGGAAAUGUAGUGAUAUGAAGUUGACUGUUUUUAUGUUCAAACUGCUCUACUGACAACUCAAGUCUCUCUCUGUAUGUAAAGAUAAAUAUCUUUUAAAAAUUGUCUGACAACAGUAAAUGAACAAAAUAAAAGAUAAUUGAUUACAGAA